AUGGAGACCCUGGAAGGAGCUGAACUCUGCUUUCCACACCUCCUCAACGCCUCCUGCAGGAGGCUGAUCCGUCCUCGAUCCGAGGCUGUGCUGCUCUACAUCCUGCUGUCCUUCAUCUCUCUGCUCACUGUGGCUCUCAACCUGCUGGUCAUCAUCUCCAUCUCCCACUUCAGGCAGCUCCACACCCCCACCAACCUCCUCCUCCUCUCCCUGGCUGUAUCAGACUUCUUUGUUGGCCUCCUGUUGAUGCCGGGUCAAAUCCUCCUCAUAGGGUCCUGCUGGUUUCUGGGUGACUUCAUGUGUGGUCUCUUUUACUAUAACUCUUUUAUUUUGACUUCUGCCUCAGUAGGAAACAUGGUUCUCAUAUCAGUCGAUCGCUAUGUGGCUAUUUGUGACCCUCUGUAUUACUCCACCAAAGUCACUCAGAAAAGAGUUAAAAUCUGUGUUUGUCUGUGUUGGACCUGUUCUGCUUUAUACAACUGUUUGAUACUGAAGGAUUUCCUGAGACAACCAAACAGAUAUAAUUCCUGUUAUGGAGAAUGUCUGUUUGUCCUGAACUACAUUGCAGGAGCUGUGGACCUUCUAUUGACCUUUUUUGGUCCCAUUACUGUGAUCAUAGUUCUGUAUAUGAGAGUGUUUGUGGUGGCUGUGUCUCAGGCUCGUGCCAUGAGAUCCCACAUUGUGUCUGUCACUCUGCAGCCUUCAGGGACUGGAACUGCUAAGAAAUCGGAGCUGAAAGCAGCCAGGACUCUCGGGAUUGUCAUAGUUGUGUUUCUUGUUUGUUUCUGUCCAUAUUACUGCCCCUCUCUUGCAGGCCAGGAUAUCUCAACUGGUGCUUUGUUUUCAACCUUUGGAAUCUGGCUGCUUUAUUUUAACUCCUGUUUAAACCCUGUGAUCUAUGCUCUUUUCUAUCCCUGGUUUAGAAAAUCUAUUAAACUGAUUGUUUCACUUCAGAUCCUGCAGCCUGACUCCUGUGGGACCAACAUAUUGUAG